UCACAGGGCGGGGGCGGAGCAUCCCCUGAGAAGCUUGGAAGUGAGCUGAGCCUGGCCAGUCUUGUGGGAGGAGCUGCAUUUCACAGAGGCUGCAGCUGACAAGAAGCUUCAAGUCUAGUGUAGUAUCAGAGAUUCAAGUACCUGGGCAGUCUGCACGUGAUGCCCGUUGAGCCCCAGAAAGGCCGUGCCACUACAGGAGCGCACAGCGGGGUAAGGGCUCUGCUGGAUGAGCAGCUGGAGUGAGAAUCCAGGCAGCCUGCUCACAGGCCAGACCCACCACCACACCCUGACACCGGUAUCUUCCAGUAUUAUUCCAUUCAGACCACGUGUUUAAGAAUCCUUCAGAGAUUCAGGUGGAAGAGGACAGGCUGCAGAAAUUGUAAACCCUUUUUAGUACUAAGACAAAAGAGGCCUCAUUAAGAAUAUUGUUUUGGGAAGGACCUGCCUGCAGUGGCAACAACAGUCAGACACCUCAACCUCUGAUAAUAACCUGCUGACACACAAGUCUAAGUCAGAAUGGAUGACGAGUAUGUCUUAUGCAUCUAUAAAAACCAGUUAUGGCCAGCAAAGGUUUUAUCCAGAUCUGAACCUUCAUCAACUGAUCAGAUAAAUAAGGCACUUCCCCUAGAAGUUCAAAUAUUCUCAUUAGAUGAAAAAAUUACAGUGGAAAGCACAGAAGUAGAGAGCCUAAAUAAGUCUCAAAUUGAAGACAUGUAUUCCUCACUAGCAUCACAGUCAGAGGUCAGUGAUAGAGAAGGAACAGCCUAUGAAAGAUCACUUAAAGUGGCACUGGAUAUUCUGAAUGAGAGAACACAUUUCGGUCAAGCCAGCCCUGCAGGUGAAGAAGAGAUCACUGCACUCUCUCAAGAUGUACCACAAAAUCGAUCUGAUUCACCCCCUCUGAACAAGUAUCGGAAGUGCAAAGGGGACUUAGGGGAGUGUCUAGAGGAAAGUGAAAACCCAGCAUUCCUGUUGGCAUCUUCAGAGAGUGAUGAUACCCUGUAUGAUGAUAAAUCACAGGUGCACACAAGUGAAAUGGAAACAAAGCCAUCACAAAACUCCAGCUGGUGCCAGAGUUUCUCUUCAUUUUCAGAGGAUGAUGAUGAGAAAGAGAGCAAGAUAAAGAUUGACUUCUCGACAGUUACGUCCUUGUGUUCCACAAUCAAAGAGGAGAAAAAAUAUGUUAAAGAUGAAAAGUUUGUUCCAUUUUUCCCAUCAGAUACUGUCACUGUGCCCAGAGCUUUGAAAGAAGAGGCGGAUGACACCUUCCCAGAGACCCUGGCUACUUCCCAUGAAUACUCUACUGUCUCAGAGAAUACUGAGGAUCCUGGAGAGGGUCCCUCAAAUUCAAGCAUAGAUGCCAUCCAAAAUCGACCUUCCAUAGAUUCAGAGAUGCAGGUUAUGACAUCCCCCAAGCAUGGUUCAGGAGAAUCCUGGUGUUCACCUGGUACCUCUAACCGUGUCCUAGAUAGUUCAUGCCAUCUUUUGAAUGAUAGAAUAAAUCUUCACAGACUGGAUUUUGAGAACCUUGAAGAAGAACUUCAAGGCAAGUCAGUGCAUCUAAAUCAUAUUGAUACUUCUGUGUUAGAUGAAGAUGAGGAAGAUGAAGAACUUCCUCGGCUAGUUUUUCAUUAUGAGCCACGUCCACUUGAGACAGGAGCAAUAGUCUGGUUUAAAUAUCAAAAAUACCCAUUUUGGCCAGCAGUGGUAAAAAGCAUCAGACGAAAAGAAAGGAAAGCAAGUGUGCUUUUUGUUGAGGUGAACAUGAGUCCUGAAAAGCGAGGCGUUAGAGUGCCCUUUAGAAAACUAAAGAAAUUUGAUUGUGAAGAAAAACAAGCACUAGUGGAAAAAGCCAGGGAGGCUUACCAUGAAAGUAUUGACUGGUGCCUAUCACUCAUUUGUGACUACAGAGUUAGGAUAGGUUGUGGUUCUUUUGUGGGCAAUUUUUUUGAGUAUUACAGAGCUGACAUUAGUUAUCCGAUUAGAAAAGAAAUGAAACAGGAUACCUUGAGGGACAUUUUUCCAAAACUGCAUAAUCAAGGUACUGUGGAAACUAUGGUUGUGACUUCCCAGACCAAGAAAAUGUCCUUUCAGAAAAUUCUCCCUGACCGAAUGAAGGCUGCUCGAGACCGAGCCAACAAGAACCUAGUAGACUUCAUCGUGAAUGCAAGGGGAACAGACAGCCAUCUCCUGGACAUUUUAAAAGGCAAGAAAAAGUCCAGGUGGCUGCAAUCAUUUUUGCACGCCAAAAAUUUCAUCCCCAGUAUUGAAACAUACUUUGAGGAUGAAGAUCAGUUGGAUGAGGUGGUAAAGUAUUUACAAGAAAUAUCCAAAGACAUAGACGACAGCAUGCUGACGAUGAUAAAAACUGAUAAAAUUAAAUUUAUCCUGGAAGUUCUUCUGCCAGAAGCAAUCAUUUGUUCAAUUUCUGCUGUUGAUGGAUUAGAUUACAAGGAGGCUGAAGCAAAGUAUCUAAAAGGGCCAUCUCUAGGCUACAGGGAAAGAGAAUUAUUUGAUUCAAAAAUCCUAUUUGGAAAGAGAAGGAAACCACUAACAAACGAAUUUCAUUAAAUCUCCUGAGAGUCUAAACCAUAACAGGGAGUUUUCAUAAAUAUUCAUUUAAAAAAAUCUCCCAACCAUUUUCUCUAACAUGUAAAUAUUUUCUGGAAAUGAAAGGCUUUGGGGAUUGUGUUCAGUUUUUGAGAUCUAUAGUAUCUGUGGCUGUCACUAUAUCUUUAAUUUCUUCCCUUGUGCUUCUUCAAAAUCAGUUUUGUUAACACAGUUCAGCAAUUCUGCUUUCCUGUACAUUUUGAGAAUGCGUAAUUGCUAAAUAAUUUUAGGGAGAAAAUACUAUGUUGCUUUACGACAUUUUUGUGUCUAUAGCUAAAGACACUGUGUGCAAUCAUUUUCAUAUUAAAAAUGCACUAGUAUCAGAUAUUAAGCAAGAUAACCAGGAAAAGAAGCAUCAAGUAUAUAUAUUUUUGCUUAAUUUUUAUAAAAUAGUAGGUUUUCUCUUAAGAUAGUUGAAUUAUUUUUCCUGCCAUGCCUAUUUAUUUUUGGAAAAAAUUUAUCUGUAACACAUAGAACCAAAGAUAGACAUGCUUUACUAUAUAUUAUAACUUCAAAUGCUUUUGCAAGAAAACAAACUUAAAUUCAAAUAUAAAGUUAGUGGAUUAUCUGCAUGUAGUCCUUAAGUGGGUGAAUGACAUCUCAGCAAGCGGAAGAUCAUUUUGGAAGCCUUAAGCAAGAUUCUUCUCCCUUCACUUCCUUGGAAUUCCAUUUAUGGGAGCAUCUGUUCUUCGAUGGCUGAAUGGUUUCUUAAAAGAGACCGACUAGUGGCUGUCUUAACUGGAAGUGACUGGAUCUUCUUAAUAGCUGUCUGCCCCACGUGGAAGGCAGCUAGAGUCAUUGUAUUUACACUCUGGCUGCUCUAGACCUAUGAGUCCAGGCUGACCUCUUAAGAGGUCUUCUAGUUUUAUAUAAACUGUAGGAAAAGCACUUUUUUUUCUGAGUCUUUUAUCUUCAAAAAUGUAGUCAUUUUGUCGCAGAUCAAGCAAGCUUUAUCAUCUGGCUUAUUCAUAGGGUAUCUCUAACAGGUUCCAACAGUAUAAAUGCUGUUUGGUAAGUCAUUCCAGGCUGCUACAAGGAGUAGACGGACCAGAAUCUGGGAAUUUGGAAAUGAGUCACAGAAAAAAAGGCUCCAUUCAGUGAAAUAUGGCAGUUAUCCAAAUAUUCUUUUCAUUGUUGUUAGGUGCCACUGACUCAUAGUGUCCCUCUAUGUACAAUAGAACGAAGCACUGCCCAAUCCUGCACCAUCCUCACAAUCAUUGCUACGUUCGAGCCUAUUGCUGCAGCCACUGUGUCAGUCCAUUUCGUCAAGGGUCUUCCUCCGUUUUACUGAUGCUCUACCAAGCAUGAUGUCCUCCUGCAUGGAAUGAUCCCUCUUGAUAACAUGUCCAAAGUACAUGAGGCUAAGUCUCGCCAUCCUCGUUUCUAAGGAGCGUUCUGGCUGUACUUCUUCCAAGACAGAUUUGUUCUUCUGGCAACCCGUAACAUAUUCAGUAUUCUUCAGCAGCACCGUAAUUCAAAGGCAUCAAUUUUCUUCAGUGUUCCGUAUUCGUUCUCCAGUUUUCCCAUGUGUAUGAGGCGAUUGAAAACACCAUGGCUUGGGUCAGGUGCUCCUUAGUCCUCAAAGUGACAUCUUUGCUUUUUCAACACCUUAAAGAAGUCUUUUGCAGCAGAUUUUCCCAAUGCAAUAAAAUUAACCAUUUGACUCACAAAGUUAACCAUUACACCUAAGCAACAAUACCACAGAUCCUAUGUAUUACUCUGGAGCAGAUGAUGUCAGUGUUCUACCGCCAUCCCCAGAUCUAGCCUAGAAGCCACUGGCAGAUUGCACAUCGAUGGCUCCCUUACGCACUGAUGACCUCUUGCAUCACUCUGCCUGAGGAUGUUCUCUCAAUUGGGAGCAUCUCUGGCCCAUGUGCACAGGGUAGGUUGAAAGUAUUGGGGAAUUAACGUCCUAGGAGCUACCCUCAACAAGUGGGCGACAGGAGUUGAUGAAUAGUGCACUUCUUUAUGCCUCAGUGGUUAAUCUUCAGGCAUGUUUAAAUGUAUAAGUUACAAUCUGAAGCUAAUGAAUGGUUUCUCUUACCUUGAGAUGAGCCUUUCUGUGAGAAUGAAUGUUAUAAAAGCUAACUUAUUUUAAUAACUUCAUGUGAAAAUAAAUCCUAAAGGCUUAACAUAAAUCUGACUGCUUUUUUACCUCUUAGAGUGUGUUAUAUGUCAUUCAUGGGCUCUUGUUAUGUGUUCUCAUGGCCACCUGUUUUUUGUUUAACUUGGAAAAGUUAGGUACUCAGUUUUCAAAACAAAACAACUUAUCCAUUGUAUCUUUCACCUAGGUCUCCUGCUAUGUCAUAGUACAGAUUAUACAAUCACAUAAAUGGUGUGUCUGUAUAUUAAAAAAAAAAUACAUAUAAUUUGCUUGGAAGUUUUGUUGAUUGUAAUUGUCACCUUUUUCAUGCUCAUUAUAAAGUAUCUUGUCAUUCUAA